AGUGUGUCUCUGAUUCUCUCUCUCUCAAUCAAUCAAUUUAACCAACUCCUCCUCUCUAUUUCAAACUGCCCAUCAACUAUUUGACACAAGUCUCCAACGACACCAACAACAACAUUUUAAACUAAUCCCACCACCUCCUCCUCCUCCUUCAAUGAAAUGGACGCUCAUAUAGAGCCAGGCCAAGCAGAGAAGACCAACAUCAUGAGGUGGAAGCAAAGAUCAAUCUGGGUCGUGAUGGAUUCCUUUUCAGCAAUCUUAUGAGUAUUGCAGUACACAGAAGACUAGUUCAUUCGAAACAAGGGAUACCCACUUGUGAUUUUGAUGUUUUUCUUGCCAUGGCUCACCCACAUUACCGAUCACAAUUCGGAGACACAACUUUUACCAAAGUGUUUGUAGGAGGUUUAGCAUGGGAGACACCGACCGAGGAAAUGCGAAGGUAUUUCGAGCAGUUUGGAGAGAUUCUUGAAGCUGUGAUUAUUGCUGAUAAGAACACAGGAAAAUCUAAAGGAUAUGGAUUUGUGACUUUUCGUGAUGCUGAAUCGGCGAGGAGGUCUUGUGCUAAUCCGAACCCUGUGAUCGAUGGAAGAAGAGCAAAUUGUAACAUUGCUUCAUUGGGAAGGCCUAGACCUUCACCCCCUAGAGGAAGAAAUCAAGGUACAAGCCCUUAUCAGGGAAAUGCACCACAGGCUGCACCAUCCUACGGCGGAGUGCCGCCACCACCGCCACCGCCACCGCUGCCACAAGCAGCGGCAGCGGCUCCGAUUAUAUAUCCAUCUUACAGCUACCCAACCUACAGUCCUGAUUAUGGAUACCAUCAACAAGCUACUAUGUACAACCAACAAGUAGUUCAUCAUCAGCAGCCCCAGUACUACCAGCAACAACUCUAUGGAGCAUCAUCACCUUCAACAAUGGGAGCUCCAUACUACUAUCAUCAAGGCUAUUCUUUUCAAUCUCCAAGGGGCUCAUUUUCUCCGGUACCUCCUCAGGCGCAUCGUAUGCCCGCUGCGGCUUCCUAUGUCUACUAUCCUACGCAGCAGAUGGAUGCCUCCUUCUCCUCCUAUCCUCCUCCAAUCCUACAACCACCCCCAACAUUAAGGCGUCCUCCUUUGACAUCUCCUUCCGAUUCACAGAAUCCACAACAUGCCUCUACAGAAUCAGAACCUGGAGCUGCUACGUCAGAUAGUCCUCCAGAUAUCUAAAAGGAACCACUCGUUCAAAAAUACAUGAUUUGCUAUAAUCUUCAUGCAAUCUAAAAGGUUGUCUUGGGAUCAUCGAUUAUAUUGGUUUCUUUC